UAUCGAUAGUUUUUAGACUGGCCAAUGUUUAUUGUUAUAAAAUAAAUGUUAAAAAUAAACAAUUAAUCACUUAGUAUAAACAAAAACUAGUGCAAGCAGCAAGUGCGUUGUUAAAACGACCCCCGCCCUUCGAAUUUCCUUAUUGCGGGCAUUAAAACGCAACAACAACAACGACACCAGCAGAAGCAACAACAAUAAGCAGGAGAUUCAGAUUCGCAACGCAAUCAAAACGAAAAAAAAACGAAAAAUAAAAAACUACAAGGCGAAACGCAUAAAUAAAUAGGGAAGCAAAUAAUAGUAAUAAUAAGACUAAAAGCAAGUGGAAAAGUACGAAAGCGAAAAGAGAAAACAUAUGUACGUUGCGUGAGAGUGACGUGUGUGUGUGUGUGUCAGUGAGCGAAGGAGAGCUCGUGAGAGAGGGGAGGCGAGCAAAAACAAAAACAACAUCACAGCAUAAGCGAGACCUUGAAAACUUUAAAAGCAGCAACAAAAACAACACAACAGCCAAAAAUAAGAAACUAAAAGCUGCAAAAGUAAUAAAAAAUAUAUUUUAGCCGAAAAAUUUCCAUAAUAACAAUUCUAGAAGUGCGGAGCGUACACUCUGUUAUGGAGAGUGACGAUUUUCAUUUACCGCAAGGCGCCAAUUAAAGGGGAAAAUCCAUAAAUCGAGGAUUACAAGUGGAAGACAAGGAGGCAGUAACUCCAGAAAACUCCAGAAAAGUCCAAAAUGGCAGCAGCAGAGACGGGCAACACGGGCUCCACAGGAUCCGCUGGCUCGACAGGAUCGGGAUCGGGAAGUGGGAGCUCCUCAGAUCCAGCGAACGGACGGGAGGCCCGUAAUCUUGCCGAGAAACAGCGACGGGAUAAGCUUAAUGCCAGCAUCCAGGAGCUGGCCACCAUGGUACCACAUGCAGCCGAAUCCUCCCGUCGCCUGGACAAAACCGCCGUCCUCAGAUUCGCCACCCAUGGCCUGCGACUUCAGUAUGUCUUUGGCAAAUCCGCUUCCAGACGUCGCAAGAAACCCGGCCUCAAGGGAACGGGCAUGUCUGCCUCACCUGUCGGAGAUCUACCCAAUCCCAGUCUGCAUCUAACGGACACUCUAAUGCAACUGCUGGACUGCUGUUUCCUCACCCUAACCUGCAGUGGCCAAAUCGUUUUGGUAUCCACCAGCGUGGAGCAGCUAUUGGGCCACUGUCAGUCCGAUUUGUAUGGCCAGAAUCUGCUGCAGAUCACGCAUCCCGACGAUCAGGACCUGUUGAGGCAGCAGCUAAUACCCAGGGAUAUAGAGACCCUGUUCUAUCAGCAUCAGCACCACCAGCAGCAGGGUCACAAUCCCCAGCAGCACUCCACUUCCACGUCGGCCUCAGCCUCGGGCAGUGAUCUGGAGGAGGAGGAAAUGGAGACGGAGGAACACCGUCUGGGGCGGCAGCAGGGAGAGGCGGACGAAGACGAGGAUCACCCGUACAACCGACGAACACCCAGCCCGCGGAGAAUGGCCCAUCUGGCGACCAUUGAUGAACGACUACGCAUGGAUCGCCGCUGCUUUACAGUCCGCUUGGCCAGGGCUUCCACGCGAGCGGAGGCCACGCGUCAUUACGAGCGGGUGAAGAUCGAUGGCUGCUUUCGUCGCAGUGACUCCUCCUUGACCGGAGGUGCCGCUGCCAACUAUCCCAUUGUCUCCCAGCUGAUACGACGCUCGAGAAACAAUAAUAUGCUGGCUGCUGCUGCAGCGGUGGCAGCAGAAGCGGCGACGGUCCCGCCCCAGCACGAUGCCAUUGCCCAGGCGGCGCUGCACGGGAUCAGCGGCAAUGAUAUUGUCCUGGUGGCCAUGGCCAGGGUGCUGCGAGAGAAACGGCCGCCUGAGGAGACGGAGGGUACUGUGGGCUUGACCAUCUAUAGGCAGCCAGAACCCUAUCAGUUGGAGUACCAUACGAGGCAUCUAAUCGACGGCAGCAUCAUCGACUGUGAUCAAAGGAUUGGUCUGGUGGCGGGAUAUAUGAAGGAUGAGGUGCGCAACCUUAGUCCCUUCUGUUUCAUGCACCUGGACGACGUUCGCUGGGUGAUUGUGGCCCUUCGACAAAUGUACGAUUGCAACAGUGACUAUGGCGAGAGCUGCUACCGUCUGCUGUCCCGCAACGGGCGCUUCAUUUACCUGCACACCAAGGGCUUUCUGGAGGUCGACCGUGGCAGUAAUAAGGUGCAUUCCUUUCUGUGCGUCAACACGCUGCUCGAUGAGGAGGCGGGCCGGCAAAAGGUGCAGGAGAUGAAGGAGAAAUUCUCGACAAUCAUCAAGGCGGAGAUGCCCACGCAGAGCAGCAGUCCCGAUUUGCCCGCCUCGCAGGCACCGCAGCAGCUGGAACGGAUUGUCCUCUAUCUAAUAGAGAACCUACAGAAGAGUGUGGAUUCAGCAGAGACGGUUGGCGGCCAGGGCAUGGAAAGCCUAAUGGACGAUGGCUACAGUUCGCCAGCAAAUACGUUAACCCUCGAGGAGCUAGCUCCCUCGCCCACGCCCGCCUUGGCCUUGGUGCCGCCGGCUCCCUCAUCGGUCAAGAGCUCCAUCUCCAAGUCGGUGAGUGUGGUCAAUGUGACGGCGGCCAGAAAGUUUCAGCAGGAGCAUCAGAAGCAGCGUGAACGAGACCGUGAGCAGCUUAAGGAGCGCACCAACGCCACGCAGGGCGUGAUCCGGCAACUGAGCAGCUGUCUCAGCGAGGCGGAAACGGCAUCCUGUACCCUAUCACCAGCCAGUAGCUUGAGUGCCGGCGAGGCACCGGACACGCCCGAUCCGCACAGCAACACAUCACCGCCACCGUCGCUCCACACACGACCCAGUGUCCUGCAUCGAACCCUGACCAGCACGCUGCGAUGACGGGCUGAUGGAACCUGGUUUGCCUUCUAAUUGGGUGUGGAAAUGGACGUCAUUGGUAGCUCACAUGCCCACAUACGACUUAGUAUCGGUAAUAUAAUCCUGGCCAAUCGCAAAGUCAAAACCCAAAAUGUAUCAGGAAGACGAGCAUGAAUCAGAUAAUUUGAAAAUGCAGCCAAAAAACUGAAUGUGUUUUUGCCAAAAAGAACGUGGGUUGAAGAACCUUUUGUUUUCGCAUUCACAUUUCCAAGCUUUGAGCAAUCAAACAAUUUUAAGUUUCAGUAUACAUAUGUAUAAUGAGUUGGCUUACAAAAGCCAUUAACAAAUCAAGCAAUUGUGUAAUUUAAUAUGGGACUUUCCGCGAUUUUUGCUUUCUACGUACUUUUCAACUUGUUCCAAACGCAUUCUUCAUUAUACAGCAAACUGAUUCAUAAGGUUUCCGUAUUAUCAACGAAAUUACCGCGGUUUCAUUUGAGUUUAAACAUAACCAUAUGGCUAUGUGAUGAAUAUGCAAUAUAAGCUCGCAUUUAUUUUGAUAUUAUGACAGUAAUAAUGAUCUGAUCACGAUAAUCGGUUUUCCCAAAACAUAAGCGAUACAUUUUGGGUACAUUUGGCCAUAACUGUUUCUGUGUGUGAUUUCGGUAUAAAGAAGUAGUUUGAUUACAUGUUAUAUUGAAUGGCGAUCGGUGGGUGCUGCUAAAUGCGUUCCAUUAUCAAUAAUCUUCGUUAUGUAAUUACGUUUAAUUUGUAAAUAUGUAUGAGUGGUGAGCGUGCGUGAGUGGUGUGUGUGUGUGAGCGUGUGAGCAUGGGUGUGAAUGAACAUUAGAUCAGUGCUCUGAUUUGGUUUUAGUUGAAAUUUAAGCCCCAUUUCCCCGAUUUCCCAGUUAUCACCUUCCGCCCCAAAACACCAGUGUAAAAAGAGUACAAAAAAAAAAAAAGAAAAUAGAAAAACAAACAAACAAUUAUAUAUUUAUUUCGCCCUAA